UUGUCAUAAAGACUAUCUUAAAGGACUACUCCAAGACCAAUAACAACUUGCUCUCAAUUAAGCUGUUCUGGGGUCUAGAAGUCUUGGCAGCCUUAACCCACGAUAUCUUGUGACUGUGCUUGUCUGCUCGGCCCCUCUGCCUCCUCCUCCUCCUCUGGUACUAAUGAAGAAGCUUCUCUAUUUGCAAUCCCUUCAAAGCUGGCACUAGCACUUGCAGCAGCUUGGAACGAGGUUCUAUUUUGCCUACAAUGCCAUGUGUGUGAAUUGAGUACGAUAAAUGGCGUCCAAAGUGACAGAUGCAAUAGUCUGGUAUCAAAAAAAGAUUGGAGCAUAUGACCAGCAGAUAUGGGAGAAAUCUGUGGAGCAAAGAGAAAUCAAGUUUCUUAAACUGGGUUUGAGAAACAAACCAAAGAAGACAGGACAUGUAAAACCAGAUCUUAUUGAUGUGGACCUUGUCAGAGGAUCUGCUUUUGCAAAAGCGAAGCCUGAAAGCCCCUGGACAUCUCUUACUCGAAAAGGAAUUGUUCGAGUUGUAUUCUUUCCUUUCUUCUUUAGAUGGUGGCUUCAAGUUACUUCAAAGGUCAUUUUCUUUUGGUUGUUUCUCCUGUACCUCCUUCAAGUUGCCGCAAUAGUAUUGUUCUUCAUUGCAACCGGACCUCACUGUGUACCUCUGACCGAAGUAAUUGGACCCAUAUGGCUUAUGCUUCUCCUUGGAACAGUACAUUGCCAGAUUGUAUCAACACGAACUGUUAAGUCACCUCCUGUUAUUGGUGGAAAAAGAAGAAGGAAAUUGAGAAAAGCAGCACAUUUGGAAGUACAUAGGGAAGGCGAUGGCUCUAGUACCACAGAUAAUACACAAGAGGGAACUUUGCAGAACUACGAUACAAGCAAUUCUUACAGGAUUGGCGCAGUCUUCAGAGAUAUCUGGCAUGCUGCUUUCUUUUUAUCAGGUUCCAAGAACUCAAAAAACUCAAUCGACAAAUCCACAGAAACUGACAAUGGUUACGUCUCAUUAGAGGGGAGACUGACUGGUAAAAGCAGUGAAGAUGGAGUACAACUCCAUGAGCCUCACUGUGAAAUACUUAAUUCAGAAGAAGCCUCAUGGCCGGCAGGAACAAAACGACAUCCCCAACCUCAAGGAAAGAUGAAGUACAAUAAAACCAAAAUGGAUUCACCAAGAGCUGCUGCCAAUGUCUCAGAUGAGGUAUCCAGUGAGGAUGAUCCAAGCACAGGAUAUACAGCAACAGCAAGACGUAACAUGGAUCGUCCUUCUGGGGAAAGUGGUAUCAGGAAUAGAAAGGUUCACCAUUACAAAAAGCACUACACAGCAGAGGAUGUCCAAAAAUCAGGCACAAGUUGCAGUUCCCGCUGUUCCAGUUCCAGGCAGGAUUCGGAGAGCACUAGACCAGAGUCUGAAACAGAAGAUGUGCUUUGGGAAGAUUUGCUGCAUUGUGCAGAGUGCCGCUCUUCCUGUAGCAGUGAAACAGAUGCUGAAACUAAUCAUGGGAAUCUUUGUAUGAAAAGAGAAUACAGGGAUGAUCCAUUCCACCAGAGUCACUUACCCUGGCUUCACAGCACUAACCCAGGACUUGAAAAAGUCAGUGCUAUUGUGUGGGAAGGAAAUGACUGUAAAAAAGCAGAUAUGUCUGUUUUGGAGAUCAGUGGAAUGAUCAUGAACAGAGUGAACAGCUACACUCCUGGAAUCGGUUACCAGAUAUUUGGCAAUUUUAUCUCUCUGAUCCUGGGUUUAACUCCAUUUGCCUUCAGGCUGUCUGAGUCCAGGGACCUGGAGCAGUUGGCAACACUCACAGCCUCAGAAAUUUCUUGUAUUGCAUUUGGUUCUAGCACAGACAUCAUGGUAGUUUCCAUGGUGGUUAUCAGUUUUUUAGUUCGUGUUUCCUUAGUUUGGAUUUUCUUUUUUUUGCUCUGUGUAGCAGAACGGACUUACAAACAGAGACUACUUUUUGCUAAAUUAUUUGGUCAUUUAACAUCAGCUCGUAGAGCCAGGAAGUCGGAAGUUCCACAUUUCCGUUUAAAAAAAGUCCAGAAUAUCAAAAUGUGGCUUUCUCUUCGUUCAUAUCUCAAGAGAAGAGGCCCCCAACGGUCAGUUGAUGUUAUCGUUUCAUCAGCCUUUUUGCUGACAAUUUCAGUUGUAUUUAUUUGCUGUGCACAGCUUCUUCAUGUUCAUGAGACCUUUUUGGAGUGUCAUUAUAACUGGGAAUUAGUAAUCUGGUGCAUUUCAUUGUCACUCUUUUUAUUGAGAUUUGUUACACUUGGAUCUGAAACCAGCAAAAAAUACAGCAAUACCUCAAUUUUACUAACUGAACAGAUAAACUUGUACUUGAAAAUGGAGAAAAAACCAAACAAGAAGGAAGAACUAACUCUUGUUAACAAUGUUCUAAAGCUGGCUACCAAGUUGCUAAAAGAAUUGGACAAUCCCUUUAGGUUGUAUGGACUUACAAUGAAUCCACUGCUGUAUAAUAUCACCCAAGUGGUCAUCUUGUCUGCUGUAUCUGGUGUUAUUAGUGAUCUAUUGGGAUUCAAUCUGAAGUUAUGGAAGAUCAAAUCUUGACACUGAACUGAGAAAUUCCUCUCAACACUGUUCCCUGGAGUAAGGUUACUGACUGUCUAACAAAUAGAUUAGAAGCUGCCUCAGAGAGACUACCAAGCGCGUUUUCAAAAUCUGAGGCCUGUGGCAAGAUACAGAGUUCAAAAUUUAAGUGUUUACGUCUGACUGACUUGUGCAAUUCUUUUAUUUAUUUUACCUUGACAGUGUUUUCUGCUCAUUUACUUUACACUUGAUUUUCAUUUUUUAUUUUUUAGCAGUAAAAAGUUUGAAUAUUGAGUUUCAGGUACAGUGUAAAUGUGGGAAAUUUACAAUGCUAAGCGAAUCAAGGAAUGAAGCCUCCAAUUUCCAGUGUUCCUUACGAUGCCUUGGUCCUUAAGCUGCAGAAAUCUACAUGUAUACAAAGUAGACUCAUCAGUUGGGUUUUGUUUUUUUUUAUGCCUUUUUUGUUUUUGGUUUUGUUUUUACGAAAGAGGAAACUUCUUGUGAGAGGAGAAGGGGAAAAAAAGUAUAUUCAUGGGGCUACAAUCUAUUUCAAGCUAGUUUUUUGUCAACUGCAAAAUGUCAUGGACAUCAUAUAUAGUUUUAGACUGUCUUCCUGACAUAUCAUCACAUAUAUUUUUGUUUGUUUCUUAAUUAUGAUUUUCCUAGACUAAGAAAAGGAGACGAUGGUUACAGAGCCAAAACUGAGGAAGCUAUUUACCACUCUAUGCUAUUAUGGUAUUAUUUCAUUGUUAAUAAAUGCUCUUUGAUAAGCAUUUAGAGCAAUAAUUGUAAAUGGUUACAAAUCUGUAAGAACUUUCAACUAGUUAUAUUUAUUAUUAAACCCUUUGCCUGCUUGCAAGUUUGUGCAAGCAGUACUGAGCACCUUUAAUGUUACAUUUAUAUGUAUAUUCUUUUUAUUCAAUUCAUUAUUUCAAAUGGUUUUCAAUGUUAAAAACUGUUUUGUGUGAUGUUGUAAAAUGAUCUGUCAGAUUUAAUUUCUUUUCAAUUUGUUGCAUCAUAUGCCAUGCAUAUAUUAUGGUAAAUUACUAAUGCAGUCUAAAAUAAUAGACUUAGGUGUGCAAGGAACAAAUCAAUGUUAUUCAUAGAAAUGUAUAUUGAAGAUCUUACCCAUUAUUUUGUGAAAGCCAGCGCUCAGUUUCUAAAAAGUUUGCACUAUUGGAUGUCUCCACAGAUGGUGAUAUUUAAUUAUUCUCAAAAUUCUUGUCUGUCAGUGCCAAAAGAAGGCAGAGUUUAUAAAACAGCCUUAGAAAAUUCAAACUUUCUUUCAUAAAGUAUACUUCUUGUCCCUGAUUAUUGAUCGCAUUUCACUUAAAAGGUUGCAAUUUCAUAAAUAAUAACUUUUCAAGUUAAGUUAUGCAAGUUUUGUGAAAAUGUAACUUCACCAGCAUUUUACAUGUCAGGAAAUAUUCUUGAUAAAUUGAGUCAUUGGCAUUUACAAAUUCUGUUUGCAGAGUAUUUCCGUAGAAGUCGCUUGGAAAACCAGGUUGUGGCAGAUGAGCAGUAUUCAAAAGCAAUAGAAUGAUUCUAAACUAGGUAUAAAAAAAAUAGGAAUUCUAGGGCAUAUCUGUUUAUAAAUAAGUACCCAUUAAUGAAAUACAUAAAAUGUAUGCUAUUUUAAUUUUAUGGGCUUGCUUAUAUUUGGGAAGUCUCUUUGAGUUGACAUUGUGUGCACACCUUUCAUAAUUGCUUCUUGUAUAGAUUGUAGCAUUAUUUUGUUAAGCACUUGCCUAUUGCUUGGCAAUAUUUUCCAUCUGGUCAAUUUUUACCAGUAUUGAUUGAAGAUGUGUUUGUUACAUUUCUAUUUUUUAGUUUUAUGUUUUGUCAUAAAAAGGGCAACUUUAAGAAAUAUGUUCUCUUUCUAUAUUGAGUUGGCACCAGCUGAACUAAGCUGAAACAAACUUUUCAGGGGUAAUAUGAACACCAUAAACAAUGAGAAUAAAAAGGGGUUUCUCUAAGCAUUUUAGGCCCAGCCCCUCUACUGUAGCGGUAAUUCAAAUGCUCAAUCUUUCAUUGCCAUCCAAAGCUGAAAGGAUACUUUAUUAGUUAACAUCUGCAUAAUCCAAUGCACAGUAGAAGCACUAUGCUUUAACAAAGCUGGGAGAGCACCCGUUUUAGUCCAACUGUGCAAAUGUUUGACACAAAGCAAGAGUGCAAUACUCGAAUACAAUUUGCAACACAGAUGCUGCACUAAGCUGUAAUGGUUUUAAUGCAGAGUACAUCUUUAAAAUUGAAAUCAAGUACUUAAGCUUACCUUGAUCCAAGUCGAAAUGAUACGAUUAAAACAAUUGUUAAUAUUUAAUAAAGUAUAAUUGUGAUCUCAAACCUGCAGUUACCAAUGUCAGAACAUACGUUUCCGAACUGUGUCUGUGAAACGUGAGUUGAAGCUGAACAGACUAUUCUGUAGCAUUUUGCAAAGAUUGGACAAGAUUAAGCAAGUUAGCACAUAGGAUGUUCAUUUAUCUUUGGAAAGAAAUUGUUUCUAGACUUUCUUUAUCAUCAUUAUUAAUGGCAUCUAAAAGCUAAAGCAAUAAUAAAUUAGCUAUGCUGCACACUAACAGUAUUUGCAUAAUGCAUAUCUUGUAAUUAUGUAUGAUUAAAAAAAUUUAAUAAAUCUGGAUUUAGAGCUCUGAGAACAUUGACCGUUAAAGUUGGUUUACUUUUGCUUUUUAAAUUUCUAUUAGCUGGGAAUAAUUGAGGCCUUGGAAACAGUGUGACCCAAUUGACUAACACUGAGAUGACCAAAAGUUAGAUCCCUAGCUCUUGUUGAUCUGCAACUCCUGUGACGUUAUGCUGGCCUUAAAGGAGCAUUAUAGUGUCAGGAAUACACACAUGUUUUCCUUACACUAUAAAUGUCAAAACCAAUUUUAGGUCCCCUUUGACUCCUGUUAAAAUGUUAAGGAACUCGUACUGGUCUCCUCACUGCAGGCUCCGCUCCCUUGGCUUAGAUCAUCAAACUUGAUAAUCUCAGCCAAUCCAAUGCUUUCCCAAAGGUAGUAUUGGGAGGCAAUUGUGCAUACUGGGCAAAGCGCUGCGCUAAUGAAAAUCUCCACAUAGAGAUUCAUUGAAUCAAUGCCUCAAUGCAGAGCAUGGAGAUGCUGAAUGUUAGUGCUACCUGAGGGACUGCCACUAGAGAUGUUACUAGGCAGUAAUGCAAAGCAUGCCUUUUCUCAUUAAGCUGUACGUGUUCUGGUGACUACAGAGUCCCUUUAAGGCUUGUCAAACAUAACUGGACUUGUAGCUCUACAAAGAAUUAAGAAUCUACGGAUUGGCUACCCCUAGACUAAUGUGUACUCUCUACAUUUCUAACUCUACUGAUUUUUGUAAAUGUAUCCAUGGGUUGUUGAACGUUUAAUAUUGUGUAUUUUUCCUUAGAUAAGCUUAUUUCAUUCACCUAUAAAAGCAUGAAGAUUUUUUUUUUCUGUUUUAACAUUUUACUGACCAAAGUACAUUUUCAAAAGAAAUGUAGAAUUAGAGUUUUGAAGUCAUAGCAAUUUGAAGAGCUUAAUUUCAUGCUAUAGUUUAUCGAAAAUCUUUUAUGUAACCGUUUUUAAAACAGGUUUGUCUUUGUAGGACUACAUUUUGCACUAAAAAUUUAUUUUAAAAACAAUUGUAUGAAUAAACAAUUAGCUACAUAAACUGUUAACAUAUCAAUAAAUACAAUACCAAAAAUGGCAUUUAUGAAAUUUAAAAAUGUGAAGACUCUCUGCAAAUAAUAUGCACUGCAUGGCAGGAGCAUUUAAUGCUUGUUGCAUACAUAUCUUCCUUGAAGCACUACAAUCUGAAUACCUGACGUGGUAUUCUUUCAUCAAUUGAGGCUUCUCACUAAUACCAGAUAAUACUGCGAUUAAGGGAAAUACCCAAUUUGUGCAACUUGAAAUAUUUCAUGUGACUCUUUCAGGAAUGCAAAAAUGCUGCCAAAAAGUAUCUGUGUAUAUUCAUAAUUGAGUGAAGAAAUGUAUGCAAAGAGUAGAAAACACCAGGGAGCUUGAAUGUGGUACAUGUCUUCAAAUUUUUAUUUUUAUUGUUUUUUUUUUGUUUUGUUUUUGCAUUUCUUAUGUGAUCUUUAGAUGACAAAUAAAGUGUGACAGUCCACUUAAAA